ACGUAUCUCUUCAUGGUGCAAGCCCGAGGCAUCAUGCUGAGAGAAAAUGUGAAAACAAUAGGACAUAUGAUCAGGCUGUACACGAACAAAAACACCACACUCAACGGGACAGAUUACCCUGAAGGCAAUAAUUCCAGUGACUAUCUGCUUCAGACAACAACAUAUCUUCCAGAAAACUUCACCUAUUCACCAUAUCUUCCCUGCCCAGAAAAACUGCCUUACAUGCGAGGGUUCCUCAAUGUCAACGUAAGCGAGGUCAGUUUUGAGGAAAUUCAUCAGCUCUUUGCCAAGGAUUUAGAUAUCGAGCCAGGAGGUCACUGGAGGCCCAAAGACUGUAAACCCAGAUGGAAGGUGGCAGUUCUCAUCCCCUUCCGUAAUCGCCACGAACACCUUCCCAUCUUUUUCCUGCACCUGAUUCCAAUGCUCCAGAAACAGCGGUUGGAAUUUGCCUUUUAUGUCAUCGAACAGACCGGCACACAACCUUUCAACCGUGCAAUGCUCUUCAACGUGGGCUUCAAAGAGGCCAUGAAAGACAGUGCCUGGGACUGCGUGAUUUUCCACGAUGUGGACCAUCUGCCUGAGAAUGACCGCAACUAUUAUGGAUGCGGAGAAAUGCCACGCCAUUUUGCCACAAAGCUGGAUAAGUACAUGUAUAUUCUUCCGUACAAGGAGUUUUUUGGUGGUGUCAGUGGACUGACAGUGGAACAAUUUCGAAGGAUCAAUGGAUUUCCUAAUGCCUUCUGGGGAUGGGGCGGAGAAGAUGAUGACCUAUGGAAUAGAGUUCACUACGUGGGAUAUAAUGUAACAAGACCAGAGGGAGACUUGGGGAAAUACAAGUCUAUUCCUCAUCAUCAUAGAGGGGAAGUCCAAUUUUUAGGACGGUAUAAAUUACUAAGGUAUUCAAAAGAACGUCAGUACAUUGAUGGAUUGAACAAUUUAAUAUGUACGCCAAAAAUACUGGUUGAUAGGUUGUAUACCAAUAUAUCUAUAAACCUCAUGCCAGAGUUAGCUCCAAUUGAAGACUAUUAAAAGAAAUAGCUCUCAUGGCAAGGGAAACUACAGUCCUGGGUUAUAAACUCGGAGUUCUCUCUACAUGGAGGUCAAGGAUUGAAGGUGUCACGACUCCCUGUUCACUGAAGAGAAGUGUUUACAGUGUGGGACAAGGCCCAGCCAGCCUUCCUCCCCCAUCCUACUUGGAAACAUAUCCCAUAGUGAACACUGCAGAAGCUAAGGACCACAGCUUGAGAUUGGAAGUUAAGAGAGCUACCUACACAGAAAAGAUUUUUAUACGACAAACAAUUUACUUCAAGAGAAUGCUUUAUUUCUGUUCAAACUGAUUUUGUACAUAUGUGGUGUAAAUGGAUGUGUUCAAAUUAUUAAAAACUAAGACGUUUUGCAUGUAAUUGGUUAUGCCUUUAUUUGACUUUUAUAGACUUAUUUUUUUUUGCAUGGGAAUCACGGUAUAAGCUUAAGCCAGUCACUAAACAAAAGUUAACCCUUGUGUGAAAUGCAGGAACUGUCAAUAAUUGACAGCCAAUGAAUACAGCAAACUAUUCUACUAGUUUGGAGCGAUAGGCCUGCAGCCUCUUGUAUAGAAGUCACCACAUUCUCAAGAGUUUUGAAGGGUAAGAAGAAAGGACCCAAGCAGCUUUUCUUCCUACCAAUAUUGUCUAUUUGCUCCUUGCUUGCAAUCUCAUCAGAUUUGCUAAAUCACAACCAUAUAGUUUAUGCAUAUUGCAUGAGUAUUACCAAGAAAAUCUUAACAGUUGUGAGGUGACAUUAUAUAAAGAACCUCUUUAUGUUAAAUGUAUUUCAUGUACCUCUUGUAUGAGUGUCAGGGAUUUUGUGCCUAAAACAAUGUUCCCAAGGUUGUGUGUAUUUGUACACUGUAUUUUUUUUCAUAGUGAACAGCACUUUUAUUACUUCCAGUUCAGAUGAGCCAAAAAAAAAAAAGGAUCUUCUUUUAAAUAUUUUUUUUAAGAGAAUGAGCUAUGGAAAGCCCACUAAUACUUAUAAAAAUGGAUUAUAGUGUUAGAUUGAAUGUUCUAUUUUUAUGAAGAUAAAUGCUUAUUAGAUUAAAAUGUUUAAGUCUCAGAAUCAUAGAAUUUCAAGUUUGGAAAGGGCUCUUAAAGUUGGCCAAUUCAAUUCAAACUAUAUAGGACUUUCAAGAAAUCAACAUUUUGUAUUAUUAAACUUCCCUCAUCAAAAGUGUCAUGAAGUUGCAUUAAGACAUAGUUAUUUAAAUAUACUACUAUUUUAAUAUAAAAUUACAUGUAUCUGAAAACAAGACCCAAUGCCUGACAUCAAGUAUAUUACUUCAUUUUUAAAAAUCUGGGUUUUGUUUUCUCUGACAAACCCAAGCAAUGCCCACCCUUACUUUGAAAAUUAUCAAAGUUAACCAAAGAUUUCUUAAACUACUGUAAGGUAUUUUCACAAAUUGAAACAGAAAUGGAGAUGUAUAAACAGAUCUUCAUUAGUGAGGAAGAAUAUCAAUCACAUAGAAAUAUUUGAGUGACCUUGGGCUCAUGGCUUGUUGCUAACCUAAUGUGGAAAGAUGUUUAUCUCAGGUCCUAAGUUUAAGUCUGAAAUCUCAUUCACUAUGGCAACAAUACUAAUCACACAAAUGACCACAAAUCAAAUCAUCUAAUUAUUAAAAUUAUUGUCACUUUGAGAAAAGUAAUAGUUCCCUUUUAGGAUACCAAACAGAAUUUUUGCACAUUUAUUUCUGAGAAUAUUUCCCCAAAUGUUACAUCUACUUUUUUAAAGUAUGGCACUAAGAAAAAAAAUACAUAAUGAAAAAUCAAGUCUCCAGAAAUAUGGAGAUUUUGUACUUAAGUUUCAUAUCUGAUCAUGUUUUAUCGCUCAUAGCCAUCCAAAAUUGUUUUGAUUUGCUCAAAUGAAAACAUAUGGAUUGAGAAUGUUAACAGGUAUUGAUCAAGGAAAUGAGGAAUAGGAACAUAAUUAACUGGAUAGUACUUAAAUAUUUAAGUAGGGCUGUUUCUGUAUCUGAUUAAGGAAACUCGUUUUUCUUCUUUUUAAUUGAAAGCUGCCUAUAUUUUGGUGUCUUUUCAUUGUGAAAUACAUUUUACAGUUUCAAGAGAACUUUCUCGUGUUUCCUGUUUUCUUGGAUUGAGUUGAACGGUUUUUCAUUUAGGAGGGGACCCGGGUGCUCUUGGCCAUUGGAAAGUUGAUUUGGGGGCUCUGUUUACUGGAUUUUGGUUUUCUUUCGCCUUUUGGUGUUUUGUUUCUUUCCUAAAUGCAGACCUAAAAUUUGUUCUUGCUUCUAAGCAUUGACCUUGUAUGUUUCCUAAGGCGUGGAAGAGCGUUGCCGUCUUACGAGCCCAUCUAUGAAGAACUAUCCUGCAGAUGCAGGCUGUCUUUUGAUCGUGUGAUCGAUUUAAACAUCAACAUCGAUUGACCGCCUUCUCAGCUCAUAGGUCGUCUGACAUACCUAGGAUCAGGCACCAUGUUCAGUGUGGCUACAGAAAUAGUAUUAUUUCGUUUGUCAGCAAAUCGAUUCACCUAAGUCCAAAUCUUCCUAAAUUAUGAAGUCCUCCUCCAAUAACUUACCUAUUUCUUGGUCUCAAGAAACCUGUGUGCAAGACAUUGAUUUCUUAGGAGGAUCCCUUUGGCACUACUGGGAAGGUUGGUAUGCCUUUCAAGAUGAGCAGUGUUGGAGGAGGGGGUGGGGCACUGGAAUGAUGCAAGGAGUGCUGUACAAGCAGAUGCCUACACUUUAUCCUGGAUUAUGGACUCUAGUAUAUGUUUUUGAUUGCCCAGGGGGUGGCACUAAGUAAUUUUCUUUUUCUUUUUUUUCUGGAAAAGCAGUAGGCAAAAUACGUUUGGGAACAAAAUACAUAUGAACUAGAGAAAGAAGCCACGGUGAAGGGGCCGCUUUGUGGAAAAGCAGUAGGGGGAGUGCACAUGCAUUCCCUGCAAAGCUCCAUCUGAUUCACAGUAGAUGCAUCAUGUCUUUGCCAAAGCUAGGGUUUAAAGAUUUUGUUUUAAAUAUAAGUUUCUGUUUGUAUUUUGUGAAACAAUGUUCAGUGACAAAAACCUGUUUACAAUAUUAUAUAAAUUCAAAAUUAUGUAUUGAAAACUUGCUUAUACUUAUUUCCAACCAAGAUUAUGAAUAUCCAUUUUAAAGCAAAAUGGGGGGAAAAUCCAAUGCAGUAUUCUCCUUUUGGAGACUUCCAACAAAUAAAAGCAGCUUUUGUGUCAUUGUAUUUGGCCUUUGUCUAUGGUCUAUUUCUUUUAUGUUCUUUUCAGAUAAAUAUUAGUACUGUUGACUUACUGCCUUGGGUUUGUAAAUAUGCCAGUUGAGAGAUCUAAAAUGUUCAUAGUGUUGUUUACCAGGAAGAGGAAGUGUACUUAAGAUAAUGUUAUUUAUUAAGAUACAAAAGGCUUCUACAUAAAUGCAAUGAAAAAAAUGCUAGGAGUUUCUUGUACUCAUAUGAUUUUUUUCUUUUGCUUCUCAUGGCAAUGUUUGUACUUUUUUAUCAUUGUCUUUUAUGAAAUAUAAUGUUGUAAAGA